AUCACUAGCUAGCUCUGUGGAUCGAUCAUCAUCAUCACGCGCGAUUCUUCCCCCUUCGUUUUCUUCCUAUACUGCCCCGACGUGGUUGCUCUAAAGGUUAAGUCUUUCCUACUAAUUCACAAGGGGAAUGGAAAGCACCGAUCUCUAGUAAGCGCCCCAUAAUCUCUUUGCUGAAAUUUCUUAAGUUUUGACAUAUUAAUACCAAAGGCUUGAACUUAUUUCUACGAUGGAUACAAGUCAUGGUAAGGCAGAUAAUACAGUCGCACUCUAUGAAGCCUCAUUUGAUGGGUGCGUAAGCACCUUGAACACUUUGGUGCAAAGGGAUAGACUCAUUCUUCACAAAAUCUCCCUCACAUCCUUCACCGAAACCCCCUUACACAUUGCAGCUUUGCUUGGCCACCUUCAUUUUACUAAUGCUCUUUUAAGCAGAAAACCCAAACUUGCGGAAAAAGUGGACUCAUUAGGCCGAACUGCCCUUCACUUGGCCUGUGCAGAGGGACACACCCAGGUUGUGAAAGCAUUGUUGCAAGCAAACGCAGACAUCUGCUUAGUUCCUGAUCAAGAAGAGAGAAUCCCUCUCCACUUAGCCGCAAUGAGAGGACACAUAGAUGUAAUUAAAGAAUUGCUUACUGCCCAACCACAAACAAUCUUUCUGGUGAAUCUCGACGGAUACAACAUUUUACAUUUGUGUGUUCAAUAUAAUAGUUUGGAUGCUCUGAAACUGUUGGUGGAAUCCUCUACUAAUGAUGAUUUCGUCAACUCCAAAGACGAUGAUGGUAACUCCAUAUUGCACUUAGCUACGAUGCUCGGGCAGACGAAGACCAUAAAAUACUUGCUUUCAAUACCAGAAAUAAAAAGAAAGGCCAAUGACAUGAAUAGGAUUGGUAACACAGCUUUGGACGUCUCAGAGGCAGGUUGUCAUGGAGAUUUCAAAUGUCAUAAAAUCCAAGACAUUCUGAAGGCAGCCGGUGUUAAAAGAUCCAAAGAUCUAAAUUCUCCUCCACUACCAACACUAGUACUGCCUUCGGAAACACAUGAACCAACUCAAUCCUUUACUGGUGAACAGUCGGCUCAAUCAAGGUUUAGGAAAUGGUGGAGUUACUUUUAUUUGUGUGUAUGGGCUAAACAUUUGCAGUAUCAGGGAAAUUGGGUCGACGAGACUCGAGGCACGUUGAUGUUGGUGGCUACUGUGAUUGCAACCAUGACUUUCCAAGCUGGGAUCAACCCACCAGGUGGUGUUUGGCAACAAGACACGACAAAUGGUACUUUCGGGUGUAAUUCUUCGAUGUGUGCAGCCGGCACAGCAAUUCUAUCUUAUUCCGAAACAUAUAUUUAUUUCUUGUCUUUCAACACCACCUCUUUUGUUGCAGCUCUAACCGUUGUGCUUUUGGUCACUAGUGGAUUUCCACUUAGAAGCAAGGGCUUUAUAUGGUUUCUGACCUUAACCAUGUUUAUUGCAAUUUAUUCCGUGGUAGUGGCCUAUAUCAGGGCAGUGAAAUUGGUGAACCCGACUUAUUUUCAAGACUAUUCACUGAUUACCAUCGUAUUACCUGGAAUCUGGCUUGUACUGCAACAGGUUCUUGGCGUGAUUCACGUAAUUCGCUUUUUAUUUUGGAUGAUUAGGAAGUUGUUCAAAUUCUUGAGACGCUGCAGGUUAACGAAACGUCCAGCAAACGAUGCCAUCAACGUGUAGAAGAAAAUUUUUCAUGAUCUUGGAUCCUGCUGAUCUGCAUGGAUGCAUAUCUUCGUACUAUAUAUAAUUUGUCAUGUGAACGGCCAGUUCGCUGCAAGAAACCAA